AUGGCAUAUGAUGGAGGAAAGUCAAAGAUGAAUGAAAUUCGCAACCUGAGCACAAUUUUCCCAGCCCUAAUCACUAAUGAACAUGAGUCACUGAUAAUGGUGAAGAAACUUUUUGCUACUUCCAUCUCAUGUAUAACAUAUUUGAGGGGCCUGUUCCCAGAGAGUUCUUAUAGAGAUCGCCAUUUGGAUGACCUCAGUUUAAAAAUUCUCCGGGAAGACAAAAAGUGCCCUGGGUCAUUACAUAUUAUUAAAUGGAUUCAAGGUUGUUUUGAUGCUUUGGAGAAGAGAUACCUUCACAUGGCAGUGCUAACACUGUACACAAAUCCCAAGGAACCUGAGAAAGUAACUGAGAUAUACCAAUUCAAAUUCAAAUACACAGAAAAGGGAACCACUAUGGACUUUGACAGUAGUAGUACAAGCUUCGAAAGUGGAAUAAACAGUGAUGAUAUUAAGAAGGCCUGUACCCUACUAAUCCGUCAAUUGUAUAUACUGAUGCAGAACCUUGGACCCCUUCCUAAUGAUGUUAUACUUACCAUGAGACUCCAUUAUUAUAAUUCAGUGACACCAUAUGAUUACCAACCCCCUGGUUUUAAAGAAGGGGGUAACUCACACUUCCUGCUGUUUGAUGGGGAGCCUGUGAGCCUUCGCAUGGGCUCAGUCUCCUCUGGCUUUCACAGCAUGAAAGUAAAAGUUACAACCGAGGCCACCAGAAUGCUUGAUGGGGAGAACAGUCCCACUCAGGAGAAUGGCACUACCGAGAUAGCCCAUCAGGGUCUUGACUGUGACGAGGAAGAAGAGGACAGCAGCAACCAAAUUCAAAGAGUGAAUUUUGUGCACAUUGAGUCAAGUUUUGAAAGCUCCGGGAAGAAGAGGAAGGUCACUGAGCCAGUGAAAAUCCUCAUCCCAAAAAGAAAAUGA